CUCAUAUUGCUUUUUGAGCGGCCAUUGCCUAUACCCUUGCUAAUUAUGGGACCAUGUUGACCUUCGAUAUCACCCUCUCCACUCAAACAUCAGCCUAAUGCUGUGCCUUUCUUAGUCCCAUCCUCUGCUCCCACUCUUUUUGUCGUCUCACAUGCACUAAUUGUAUGGUUCACGACCCCGAGCGAAACCAGAAUCCCAGACAGGCCGAAUAAUUCUCGAGCUACUGGCCGACAUGAUAUGACCUAACGUAUUCGAGGGCGAUGUAACAGUCUCUUCCAAUUCCAAUCUAUCGCUUCCAUGAGAUCUUGUCCCAGAUGUUCUCAUCAGCAUAUAGCAAAUCGUGCAUCUGUCAAACAGAUAAAGAGCCGGCCGACUGCCGCCCUCUGACUGUCUCCUCGUUCAUCCUUCUCCUCAGAUAUAUUCGAUCCUCCCAAAUCAUCAUUCAAUCUCGCUUUGUCCCUUUCUGAGCACAAUGAAGCCUGCCACAUUCAUCCUUGGGCUUUUCAGUGUGACCAUCGUGUCAGCCGUUCCUACCUCCAUAAACAAUCUUGUUCCGCGUGGUGAUAGUGGAUGCACCCCAUUCUCUGACCCGGACUGCGGCGUCGACGGCACAUUCUGCCAAUGCAAGGACGGAAACUUCUACCAAUUCAAUCAGAAUACGCUGAGCUGCCAGCCCCCGUGGGCCAUCAUCGGUCCUAAAUCCUCUCUUCCUGGAUGGCGAUGCUAAAUUGAGACUUGAGGCUUUAUGAGAAAUGUCUUUGAUGAGGGAGGAAUGAUGUUAACGGAUUUACUGUUACAGUGUCGUUGCCAGGCAAAUACUCGAGCGUGCGUGAUGUGUAUGUCGUACAGAGUCAACCCAAUUUUACAUCUUAUUCCAAGUUACCCGUCUUACUCAUGUCAUCUAACUACAUAUAUGCAGCUGCUGUUGAAUCCUAGGAAAGUGUUAUGUCUUGUUAUAUUUAC